AUGAUGAAGCAAUUCACUCCCGCCCUGGCUUUCGCCAGCAUGGUCUCCAUGGUAAACGCCCACGGCUUCGUCACUAGCCCUCAAGCCCGUAUGCCCGGCUCCGCCAUGGCCUCCGCCUGCGGCAACCAGGUCCAGAUCAACCAGGAGUCCGACAACUACGGCAACAUCCAGGGCGAGCUCCAGGUUGCCUCCAGCCAGAGCGACUACAACGCCGCCGAGUGUGACAUCUGGCUCUGCAAGGGCUACAAGUUCGCCGACAACAAGGACAACGUCCAGUCCUACACUGCCGGUCAGAAGGUCGAUUUCACUGUUGACAUUCGCGCCCCCCACACCGGUGUCGCCAACGUCUCCGUCGUCGACACUUCGGCCAACUCUGUCAUCGGCAAGCCCCUCAUCUCAUGGGACGUCUAUGCCUCCACCGCCACAGGUGUCACCGACGAUGAGACCAGCUUCUCCGUGACCAUCCCCGAGGACCUCGGUAGCCAGUGUGGUACCGCCGGUGACUGUGUUCUGCAGUGGUACUGGUACGCCGAGUCCAUCGACCAGACCUACGAGUCCUGUGUCGACUUCACUCUCGGCGGUGACUCUUCCAGCUCCUCCAGCGGUUCCAGCUCCAGCGUUGUCGUCAGCUCUGCUGCUGCUACCACCUCUGCUGUCGCUGUCUCGACUUCUUCUACCGCUACCUCCACCGAGGCCCCUGCUACCAGCACCUCUGCUGCCAUCGCUAUCGAGACCUCUGUCACGGCUCCCGUCGCUGCUCAGACUACUUUUGCCACUAGUACUCGCCAGGCUGCUUCCCCCUCCGAGGUCCCUAGCUCCAUCGUUGCUACCCCGAGCGCUGCUGGCUCGGCUCUGCCUUUCCCUACUGACAGUGCCUCGGAUGUCCUGAGCUGGAUUGAGUCCCUGCUCGGCAACUUGGUUGGCAGCAACUAA